ACGCUUCAAGCUUUUCUUUUUCCUCUCACAGCUUUCUCCGAUCUGCCUGAGUUUUCUCCAGUGGUUAGUGUAAAGGUGGAUGAAGAAACUAAGAUUUUGUAUAGUCUUGAAUGAAAUAUAGAGAAUUUACUUUGAGGUUGGAGGUGAUUAUUAUAUCACUAUGGUGAGACAACAAAGAGGCUCCAAAGUUUAUGAAGAUAGAUAUCCCUUGUGUCAAGGUAAGGAUGAGUCUGUGAAGCAUGAUAUGUUGGAUCCGCCAAAGUAUCUCCGAAGAAGUAAAGAAGAUUUCCGCGGAAAGGCGCUGAGUUUUGGGGUUUUGGAUUGGAAGCAGUUUGAAAAAUGGAAGGAUACUAAUGCAGAUGGAACCAAAGAAGCGUGUUGUAGUUAUGCCGAAACUACUGAAAGUUCAUUGGAGCUAGAUUUAUCGACCGGUGUAGUCAAAAGAUUGGAGGUGGAUUUGAAGUCUCAACACUUGAGAAAUCAGAGUUUCUCACUUAGAUCACAAGCAUUUUCAGAUGCAAUGGAUGCUGGUACUGUGAUGAGAAUGGAUCAAAAGGGAAAACGAGAUCAUCAACUUCUGAGUAUGAAGCAGAGAGAACAUCAAGCAUCUCCAAGUAAUGCCUCUGAGCUUAGCUCUUGUAUCUCUCCAGGGUCAGAGACAUUUAGAACAGUUGAAUGUCAAGACAGAAGGCGUGAUGUCGAAGGCGAAUGUUCAAGUCCGGUAACUGUGGUUAAAAGGAACCAAGAGAAACCAUGCUUGUUGGAUCAAAAUAUUCCCACUGUGUCAUCCAAAAAGGAAAGAGAUCCUUCCCCUAACCGGCGGUUUAGCUUCAGUUUUAGUCAGAUGAGUAGAAGUUUCAGUUCCAAAGAAAGUUCAUCAUCUGCUACUACAUUGUCAAGCGUAUCUCAUGCUUCAGCUAAAUCAGGUCCUUUGACAUUCACCGACUCAGUUUACGCCACUCACUCAACAAGAACGAAGCCGAAUGGUCACAACAGAACAAGAUCAGGUCCUUUAUUAAUACCCAAGACCGAAAAAAGAAAUAUACCAUUACAAGUGGUGGCUUCAAAACCUUCCAACACAAGACCACCAACCAUAGAAAAGAAGCAAUGCAGCUCAAGAGUUCACGCUCUUUUGCAAUUCACAUUGAGAAAAGGUAUCAAUCUGUUUCAGUUUGUUGUUGGAGACAACAGCAAUAACGUUCUCGCUGCCACCAUGAAGAGUUCAGAUUCUUCUACACUGUCUUACACAUUGUACACCGUCAACGAAGUAAAGAAACAGAGCGGAAACUGGUUAAGCCGCCACAAGAACGAACAUCCAUUUGUACAUACGAUCAUCGGUCAAAUGAAGACUGUUACUUCUACUUCCGCCACAGAUUCAUCAAUCCACAAAUCAGAAUCUGUUUUGUUCGGUGUUGAUUCGACCAAUGAAGAGCUUGCAGCAAUUGUUCAGACAAGAAACACAACUACAAUUAUACUCCCAAGUGGAGUUCACACAUUGCCUAAAGACAGUAACAAUGCCCCUUUGCCGUUGAUUGAGCGAUGGAAAUCCGGUGAAACAUGCGACUGCGGUGGUUGGGACAUCGGUUGCAAACUCCGUGUCCUGUCUACAAAGUCUCAAACUUUCUCAAGCUUUCAAUUGUUUGAUCAGGAAAGAGACGAGCCAGCAUUCAAAAUGGUGAGUCACGGCGAUGAACUCCACUCUGUUGAGUUUGGCUCAUCGAUCUCUCUCUUGGAAGCAUUUUUCAUUUCGUUAGCAGUAACUAGUCAUCAGAGUUGGUGUCAGGAGGAAGAAGAAGAAGAAGUUGUGAUCGGAGAUGGUUUGUUGAAGAGAGAAACACCGGCGAAAUACGCAACAAACCCACCGGUUUCUCCAAUCGUUACUUAUGGAACUGAUUGUCACAAUACAAGAACAUCAUCAACAAACAAGAAUAAGAUGACACUUUACAUUCGUCGCGAAUCUUCCAAGCUAUGGAAGAGAUUUUGCUCUGAGAUAUCGACGGAGAUUGGUCUUCUUGCUGAGAACUGGAAAUAUCUUCUCGCUGGUCUUAUCUGUCAGUACAUUCAUGGUUUAGCUGCUAAAGGAGUUCAUUAUAUUCAUCGCCCAGGACCGACACUUCAGGAUCUUGGGUUCUUUCUUCUUCCGGAGCUUGGUCAAGAGAGAAGCUACAUAAGUGAAACCGUGUUCACUAGUGUGUUUCUUUCGUUUUUCCUGUGGACUUUCCAUCCAUUCAUUUUGAAAACCAAAAAGAUAUACACUGUGUUGAUAUGGUGCAGAGUUCUAGCAUUCUUAGUUGCCUGCCAGUUUCUCCGUGUUAUUACUUUCUAUUCAACUCAGCUUCCUGGCCCUAACUAUCACUGUCGCGAGGGCUCUAAAGUUUCCAGGUUGCCAUGGCCCAAAAGCGCUCUUGAGGUGCUCGAGAUUAACCCUCAUGGGGUAAUGUACGGAUGCGGAGACCUGAUUUUCUCAUCGCAUAUGAUAUUCACUCUAGUCUUUGUCCGUACUUACCAGAAAUACGGCACUAAAAGGUUCAUAAAGCUGUUUGGGUGGCUCACUGCAAUCGUGCAGAGCCUCUUGAUCAUUGCCUCUCGUAAACAUUACAGUGUCGAUGUCGUUGUUGCAUGGUAUACUGUGAAUUUGGUGGUGUUCUGUCUAGACAAGAAAUUACCAGAAUUACCAGAUCGGACUGCUGUGUUGCUCCCAGUAAUCUCAAAAGACAGAACCAAAGAAGAGAACCACAAGCUGUUGAAUGGGAACGGUGUUGAUCCUGCUGAUUGGAGGCCGAGGGCUCAGGUGAACGGGAAGAUUGACAGCAAUGGAUAUCUAACCACAAGCAUCAAUAGCACCACCAGUGAUAUAAAUGGUAAGGUAGGUUGUAUGUCUGAUUUGAUCUUAGGAAUGGACCCAAGAGACCGCAAGUUUGUUGACCGGGCUCAGCCAAUCCUUCGACAAGCUGAUCAUGUUCUUGAGAGACUGCUUAACACAACACCGGGCAGCCCAGUUGCUAUCAUUCAGUCUCUCCGUGUCUCUCUCAAAGUGCUGCUGGUUGACGUGAAUAAGAUUUGAAAGGGGAUGGUUUUUAUGAGUUACUAUAGAAAACUAAAAACUUUACAUGAGAUUCCGAUGUUGAAGAUGAAUCAGAUGGAUACUGUCUUACUUGUUUCGCUAGUUUUGUUUAGUACUUACAUAUUCUGACUAUCUUUUUCUCCUUCUGGUUGUCUGGUUUUUUCACACUGUCGAGUAUGGAAGUGAGUUUC